ACCGACAUCGACGUCAGCGUACGUGCGACCGCUUUCUGCCCUUACCACGACAACGAUUUCAAGCUAGAGUUCGGUAAAGAUGUCCAAGACCGCCGCCACCGGAUCCAAGUACCGCAUGUCUCUCGCCCUCCCCGUCGGAGCGGUCAUGAACUGCGCCGACAACUCGGGUGCCAAGAACAUCUACGUUAUCUCGGUCGUUGGAUGUGGAGCCAGGUUGAACAGGCUUCCCGCUGCCGCUGCCGGUGACAUGGUCAUGGCUUCCGUCAAGAAGGGUAAGCCCGAGUUGAGGAAGAAGGUCAUGCCUGCUGUUGUCGUCCGACAGAGGAAGCCUUGGAGGAGAAGGGAUGGUGUCUUCCUCUACUUCGAGGACAACGCCGGUGUCAUCGUCAACCCCAAGGGAGAGAUGAAGGGAUCCGCCAUCACCGGACCCGUCGCCAAGGAGUGUGCCGACUUGUGGCCUCGUAUCGCUUCCAACGCCGGUACCGUCGUCUAAGCGCGUCUGCUUUGCGCUGGAUUCGGGGAACGACGUUGCGGAGUGGUUGGUUGGAUCGGAAGAUCGUCAAGGGGGAUGUAUUGUAGCUUUCGCAGAAGGGAGUCGUAUACAAUAACCUCUGCACACCCAUCAACGCUUUGAGCUCGGUUAGCUGCACGUGAUGAUGCUCGCAAAAGACAAUGGCGGUCGGGAUUUGGACAAGCCUCCCUUUCAGAAAGUGGGCGCAUCUG